AUGCGAACCUACAAUAAUAAAAUAUGUCAAAGUCCAAAUAUAGACGCGUUGGCUAAACAAAGUUUAAUAUUUAAUAAUGCAUAUUCAUCUGACAGCAGUUGUUCCCCUAGUCGUUCGGCUAUACUUACGGGAAGACCAAAUCACGAAACGGGAAUGUAUGGACUCCAUCAUGGAAUCCAUCAUUUUAAUUCAUUUGACAAUGUGAAAAGUCUACCGAAAAUAUUAAACGAAAAUGGAAUAUUAACUGGUAUCAUUGGUAAAAAACAUGUCGGACCUAAAAACGUUUUCCCAUUUUCCUACGAACAAACGGAAGAAAAUAAUUCUAUAUUACAAGUUGGAAGAAACAUAACUAAAAUUAAAUUGCUCGUUAGAGAAUUUUUACAAAUCGAUAAAACAAAGCCAUUUUUUCUUUACGUUGGAUUUCACGAUCCUCAUAGAUGUGGACACACGCAUCCACAAUACGGUACAUUUUGUCAAAAAUUUGGUAAUGGAGAUUCUGGAAUGGGAUACAUUCCAGAUUGGAUGCCUAUUUAUUAUCAUCACGAGGAUUUAAAAGUACCGUAUUUUGUACCGGAUACGGAUGCUGCAAAAAUUGAUCUUUCUGCACAAUAUACGGCAAUAUCGAGACUUGAUCAAGGUGUUGGUCUUGUUUUAAAAGAACUCGAAGAUGCAGGUGUCAUGAAUGAUACGUUAAUAAUAUACACGUCGGAUAAUGGUAUACCAUUUCCAAACGGUAGAACCAAUUUGUACGAUUCAGGUAUAGCACUACCCAUGCUCAUAAAAUCUCCUUACACGUCAUCUCGAAGAAAUCAAGUCACGUAUCAGAUGACGAGUCAUUUGGAUUUAACACCGACCAUUCUCGAUUGGUUUAACGUCACCGACGAGUCAGUUUCCACAUUGACAGGAACAUCCUUGCUACCAUUAUUGACAGAAGAACCAAAAGUUUACAACCGAACUGUAUUUGCAAGUCACAGCCAUCACGAAAUAACCAUGUACUACCCAUCGAGAGCAGUUAGAACAAAAAGAUAUAAAUUAAUACAUAAUAUUAAUUAUCAAGCACCUUUUCCAAUUGAUCAAGAUCUAUAUGUGUCACCUACUUUUAGAGAUAUCAUUGAGAAAACAUAUGCCGGAGUACCCGUACGUUGGAAAAAAAAUUUAAAUAAAUAUUACUACAGGAACGAAUGGGAAUUAUUCGAUUUGAAAAAGGAUCCGGAAGAAUUGACAAACAUUGCGGGGAAAAACGAAACGAAAAAAAUAUUGGAAACGUUAAAAAGAAAACUUUAUGAUUGGUUGAACGUGACUCGAGAUCCCUGGAUUUGUUCUCCUCAUAGCGUUUUGGAAAAUUCUGGAUUAUUUUUCGACACUCCACAAUGUUUACCAUUAUUAAACAAUAAAUUUUAA